AUGGCAUUAUCCACAUUGAGUCGAUUACAGCUUACACCCGAUAUGAACAUUUGUCGCACUUUAAAUGGGCUUUGGCAAGUUUCAGGUGGCCAUGGGCAUAUUGACCGAACAGCUGCUAUAAAAGACAUGUUUCAUUAUAUGAAUGCCGGAUUUACUACAUGGGAUUUAGCGGAUAUUUAUGGACCAGCAGAAGAUAUAAUGGGCGAGUUUAUACGUCAGCUACUUUCUGUUCGUGGUAAAGCAGCUCUAGAUAAUCUGCAAAUCUUCACCAAAUGGGUGCCUCAGCCAAAAAAAAUGACGAAAAAGUUGGUUGAAGAAAAUAUCAACAAGUCUUUGAGAAGGAUGGGUGUAGAAUCCAUAGAUUUGCUUCAGUUUCAUUGGUGGGACUAUCGCAACAAUAGUUACCUUGAUGCUUUACGGUAUCUUUCGGAACUUCAGAAAGAAGGCAAAAUUAAACAUUUGGGCUUGACAAAUUUCGAUACUGAACGUUUAAAAAUCAUUCACGAAGCUGGCAUUAACAUUGUUUCUAAUCAAGUACAAUUUUCCAUAAUAGAUCGUCGUCCAGAGAUGCAUAUGAUACAAUUCUGUCAGCAGAAUAAUAUUAAACUGUUCACUUACGGUACAGUCUGCGGUGGUUUGUUAUCGGAUAAGUAUUUAGGCAAAGCGGAACCACGAAGUGAAGAUUUGACAACCGUUAGUUUGAAAAAAUACAAGAAUAUGGUCGAUAAAUGGGGAGGAUGGCAAUUAUUUCAAGAAUUACUUACCGUUCUCAAACAAAUUGCAAAUAAAUAUAAUGUCAGCAUCACUAAUGUCGCUGUGCGUUACAUUUUAGACAAACCCGCAGUAGGUGGUGUAAUCAUUGGUGCUAGAUUAGGAUUAAGCGAACAUCUGCAAGACAAUACCAAAGUAUUUGAAUUCAAUCUCGAUGCCGACGACAAUGAAAAGAUAGAUGAAAUAUCUCGAAAAUCACGAGAUUUGUAUCGGACUAUUGGUGACUGCGGCGACGAAUAUCGAUAA